GGAGCGCGGGCCGCGGGCGCACUGCACGGACUCACCGACAGCCGGGAGCGCAGCGGUCCUUUGCAGGCGCCGCGGGUCCGGAGAGCGGUCUCAGCUGCUGCGGCAGAGUCGUGUUUCCAGGGGACUGAGGAAAACCCGUCAGGAACCGAAAAUGCCGAAACCAAUCAAUGUCCGAGUUACCACCAUGGAUGCGGAGCUGGAGUUCGCCAUCCAGCCAAAUACAACAGGAAAACAGCUUUUUGAUCAGGUGGUUAAGACCAUUGGCCUUCGGGAAGUGUGGUACUUUGGCCUCCAGUAUGUGGAUAAUAAAGGAUUUCCUACCUGGUUGAAACUUGAUAAAAAGGUGUCGGCACAGGAGGUCAGAAAGGAGAAUCCUCUCCAGUUCAAGUUCCGGGCCAAGUUCUACCCCGAAGAUGUGUCUGAGGAGCUCAUCCAGGACAUCACGCAAAAGCUUUUCUUCCUCCAAGUGAAGGAGGGAAUUCUCAGCGAUGAGAUUUACUGCCCUCCUGAGACGGCGGUGCUCCUGGGCUCCUAUGCAGUGCAGGCCAAGUUUGGAGACUAUAACAAAGAAACGCACAAGUCUGGGUACCUCAGCUCUGAGCGGCUGAUCCCCCAAAGAGUCAUGGACCAGCACAAGCUCACCAGGGACCAGUGGGAGGACCGGAUCCAGGUGUGGCACGCUGAGCACCGCGGGAUGCUCAAGGACAGUGCCAUGUUGGAGUAUCUGAAGAUUGCUCAGGACCUGGAAAUGUAUGGAAUCAACUAUUUUGAGAUAAAAAAUAAGAAAGGAACAGACCUUUGGCUUGGAGUUGAUGCCCUCGGACUGAAUAUUUAUGAGAAAGACGAUAAGUUGACCCCAAAGAUUGGCUUUCCAUGGAGUGAAAUCAGGAACAUCUCUUUCAAUGACAAAAAGUUUGUCAUUAAGCCCAUCGACAAGAAGGCGCCUGACUUCGUGUUCUAUGCCCCCCGCCUGCGCAUUAACAAGCGGAUCCUGCAGCUCUGCAUGGGGAAUCAUGAGCUGUAUAUGCGCCGCAGGAAGCCUGACACCAUCGAGGUGCAGCAGAUGAAGGCUCAGGCCCGGGAGGAGAAGCACCAGAAGCAGCUAGAGCGGCAGCAGCUGGAGACCGAGAAGAAGAGGAGAGAGACCGUGGAGAGAGAGAAGGAGCAGAUGAUGCGGGAAAAGGAGGAGCUGAUGCUCAGGCUGCAGGACUACGAGCAGAAAACCAAGAAGGCAGAGAAAGAACUCUCAGACCAGAUUCAGAGAGCCCUGCAGCUGGAGGAGGAGAGGCAGCGUGCCCAGGAGGCAGCCGAGCGCCUGGAGGCUGACCGUGUGGCCGCUCUGCGGGCCAAGGAGGAGCUGCAGAGGCAAGCUGCAGAUCAGAUGAAGAGCCAGGAGCAGCUGGCCGCAGAGCUAGCCGAGUACACGGCCAAGAUCGCCCUCUUGGAGGAGGCGCGGCGGCGCAAGGAGGACGAGGUCGAGGAGUGGCAGCACAGGGCCAAAGAAGCCCAAGAUGACCUGGUGAAGACCAAGGAGGAGCUGCACCUAGUGAUGACAGCCCCCCCACCGCCCCCUGUCUAUGAGCCGGUGAGCUACCACGUGCAGGACAACCUGCAGGACGAGGGCACGGAGUACACGGGCUAUAGCGCUGAGCUCUCCAGCGAGGGCAUCCUGGAUGACCGCAAUGAGGAGAAGCGCAUCACCGAAGCCGAGAAGAACGAGCGGGUGCAGCGGCAGCUGAUGACCCUGACCAAUGAGCUGUCCCAGGCCAGAGAUGAGAACAAAAGGACCCACAACGACAUCAUCCACAACGAGAACAUGCGGCAAGGCCGGGACAAGUACAAGACGCUGCGGCAGAUCCGGCAGGGCAACACCAAGCAGCGGAUCGACGAGUUCGAGGCCAUGUGAGGCCCGGCCAGGACUGGGGCAGGGGUGGGGGCCUCAUGGC